GUUGUGGGUGAAAUGGCCAUCUGAUUGUGGAAGUGCAAUGGCCGUGGUAGUGUGGGGGCACUGUGGUGUAGUAUCUCUAUAGCUUGAGGUCUUUGCGGGAUCACUGUAGUCGUACUCAUUCGAAUUAUAUAUGGUCAGUGAGACGGCGGAUGUUGUUAUCUGAAGCAACGUGCACCAAGCCACAUGUUAGCAUUAGUUCGUCUGCCUCAGCUUCAGCAGCAUCACGGCGCCGCGCCUCACGUGUGUCACUGAGACUCUCCGAGAUGAACUACACAGGUCUGGCCGGUUCCGGGAUGAGCAGCAGCUACGGGCCUCAGCAGCACUACUGCCUGCGCUGGAACAAUCACCAGCACAACCUCCUCGGGGUGCUGGAAGCAGUCCUUAACUCCCAGCAGUAUGCGGAUGUAUCACUCUUCUGCGAAGGCCAUGUCCUUCGAGUGCACAAGCUGGUGCUGCUGGCAUCCUCGGCGCACUUUGAGAGGAUCCUGCAGGCAUCACCGGAGGGGCAGCAGCCGGUCAUCAUACUGGACGGCACCCGCUAUGCUGACCUCCGUGCCCUUGUGGACUACAUGUACCGAGGCGAGGUCAACAUCGAGCAGGACCAGCUUUCCUCGCUACUCAAGACCGCCGAAACUCUUAAGAUAAAAGGAUUGGCUGAUGUAGCGAGCAAAGAAGAAGACGAUGGCGGGGGAGGGAAAGAGCGGCGGCUAGAGGGCAGUGUGUCCUCCUCCACACCUCCGCCUGCCAAGCGAUCUAAGCCCUCACCUGUGGAGUCCGCCCUCAGUCUGGCUCAGGAUGGCCGAGAGGUGCGGGUGGGCGGCAGGGACAGUCGAUCGGACAUGAGAGACAUCAGGGAUCUGUCCAACUUCAGCAUGGUGCCAGGAGGCUACCCGCGGCGCCCUCCCUCUCCGCAGGGACCCAACAUACCCUCCACUGGUUCCUUCACUCAGGCCCGCUCUCUCCUCUACUCCUCGUCUCUCAUAUCCCGCCCAUCCUCUAAAAGCCCCGGCCCAACGCUGCCCGCGCCGCCCUUCUUCCCCAGUGGCUUGGUGAGGCCUCGCUCGCCCCACCAUCAAUACGACCCAACUCCAGGAUCCAGUCUUCUGCCUCCGCGCACCUCCCCGCAGUCCCCCGUGCCGGACCCCAAGAUGGUACAGCAGCUUGGGGUUCCUCCAUUCGGCCUGCCCUUCACGCUACCUCUCCUGCACGACUCUAAGAAGAUGCUGGAGCGAAACCCUCACAAACUGCCGCCGCCGCCGCCCUCCCACUACGAUCACCACGACGACAAGGACCGCCAUCUGCCGCUGUGGCCUCCGCGUGGAGCGUCCGAGCUUGACCUUGAGCGGGAACGAGAAAGAGAGCGAGAGAGAGAACGUGAACGAGAACGAGAACGAGAACGUGAAAGAGAACGUGAGCGAGAAAGAGAACGAGAAAGAGCGAGAGAUCGGGAGGUAGAGAGGGAGAGAGACCGGGAAAACCUUAGGUUAUCAGAAAAAGAAAUAGACAAGGAAUGGGAGAGGGAACGAGAUCGAGAAAGCGAAAAGCAGUUGCAUCCGCAGCAGCCACAGCCGCAGCAGCAACAACAGCAGCAGCAACAACCACAGUCACAAGUGGCGCAACAGCAACAACCGUCGACGCAACCACCGCCCCCGCAGCCACUACAGCAACAACAGCAGCCUCAGCAGCAGUCGCAGCAACAGCAGCAACCUCCACCGCAAACACAGCAUCAGUAUCACCAUCAUCAGCAGCAAAAACCACCGCAGCCACCGCACGAGGUGAAUGAGAAGGAGGCGCCCCCUCAUGAGUGUGACCGAAGACAGGACGAUGACAAAUCCCUGAGUCCAGCAGACAAGGACAGCCUCUCCCCGCCUGAGGAUGCCAUCCUGAGCAAGACGGAACUGUUGACUCCCAAAGGCGAGAUGGGAGAGGAGGAGGAAGACAAUGGGCUGAGUACCGGGGGCCGUGACAACGGUACCUCAGAUAUCACCACCACCACCACCACCACCUCCCGUCAACGCAACCUCUCCACCUCCUCCUCCGGCAACACCUCCACAGUUGAGCUGGUGAAGUGCCCGUAUUGCCCCCGCUCUUACCGACACCAGAACAACCUACGGACGCACAUCCGAUGCUUCCACAAGGGUGUCAGGAUUCCUUGUCCAAUCUGCCACCGUGGUUUCACCCGCUGGUUUACAGUGCGCUGCCACAUUGCCCGGGAGCACCAGAAUGUGGACUUCUCGCGGCCUGAAGCUCUGCCUGCCCAGCUGCGUCGAGCCCUCUAUCCUCCCUACCCAGAAUAACGGAGUCCGUCCCUGCUGCCAAGGACUCCACCACCUCCCAAGUAUUCCAGCGAGUUAGGAAUGUAGUGCAGGCGGCUUUUCACCGUCCACACAGACACCACUGCACUAGUGUAAUUCCGGCAAGUUUCCUGAGUGUGCUGCAGCCUGGUACUGGGUCAGACGAAUUGUCUGACCCAACUUACAUGAACCAGCUUGCGGCAGCGAGCGUGGGUGCUACUUGGUGCUCUGUUCAGAUGACCAGCCAAGCCUGAAGUAUUCAUGCGCGGCUAAGCGACCUGCAGACAGUGGAUGCAGCAGGACCUGCUGGGACUCGCUAGCCCUCCAAGUGUUACUGGUGGGCGGGCUGUAGGUGAUGAUAGUGAUAGUCAGACUGUCGGAUUCGCGCUAGGAUCUUAGCAGUGCUUGUGAAGCACGCUAAACUGUGUUAUAUAUGGUUCAUGGCCGGUGUUCAUGUAGCUUCAAGUGUGCUAAUAUCAUAAUCCCAAUAGCGUAAGCGUGGAGUCGUCAUGCGAAUCUUGUUAACUGUAGGUUUUAUUUGAAAUGAUUAUAUUUUAUAGGAAACUAAUCACAAAUCCAAGAAGGGAAGGUAUGUUUCUUCUGUUCAUAAUAUAGAGAAUGAUUUCCGGUGUGGGUGCCUUAUGCUCAACAAAGCAAGCAUGCACAAAUGUUUGUAGAUAUACAGUAUUAUUUUUAUAGAUGCCAACAGUAUCCCUCCAGCAUAACACAAAAGCGGUCAGAGCCGGGAGCAAAAAUGUGGCAUUAGCACUGCGGGGCAGGGAGGACCGCACGCUGCUGCUCCAGGCGUCCUCAGGCGCAGGAACGGCGGGCGGCGGGAAGGAUUGAGGUUGUGUGCCUCCCUGCCUCACACACGCGAUGCGCCAUUGAACAAGAUGCUCAGGUAUCCACGCUGGGUCAAGGCCCAUCCUCAUCUACCUCAGGUUUUGUAUCCUUCUAGUGGUAACAGCACCUUCCUUGCUCACUCAACUACGUAUACAUUACGAGUAAACAACUUUGCCCACCUCAAAAUAGGAAUUCUUAUUUUUUAUGACUGCUGAACAUCUUCCAGGGAAAUCGUACAAAGCAACUCAACUAUAUUUUAUAUAACUCGUUAGUCACUCAGUGAUAUAUAUAUAUAUAUAUAUAUAUAUAUAUAUAUAUAUAUAUAUAUAUAUAUAUAUAUAUAUAUAUAUAUAUAUAUAUAUAUAUAUGUACACUGUAGAUAUGUUAGUAUGUGCAGAUAAUGAAAAGUUAGAUCAUGAUUGUUAGAUAAUACUUAACCAUCUUUUAGUAACAACUGUUCAAAAUAUAUAUUCAGGGAGAUUAAAGUUUAACCCAACUCAGGAAGAGACGCGGUCACACGCCCCGACAAACCAACAAUAAAUAAGAGCCUGCAGUUGCUUUCACUAGUUUCAGUCCAUGUGGUAUCAAGCAGGUUAGCGCAACACUCUACUAGUUACAGACUUUUCCACGCCAUUCAGUAUUGCUCAAGUCAAGGAAGGAACAAGUCAGUUGUUUAGCAACUUGGUUAUGUAAUGCUCCAGCAGAGCUUUUGUUUACCCAGGGAGAAACUUCCUUAUAUUGACGUAAUAUUCUGCUGUCUCCGCUGCCGCCGCUGCGAAGCGACACUCAGUGAACUGCCAAAGUUGGCUGAAUGUCCGCUUUGUCAGUGCUGGCAGUUGAUUUUCACAUUCCAUUCAGUUUGCUGGAAUCCCCACAGCCGCCCUCGCCGCCCUCACCGCACCCGCUUCUGCAACACUGGACACUGCUCAUCUCAGUUUUGAUAUGAAAACAAUACACACACGCGCGCGCAGACACACACACACACACACACACACACACACACACACACACACGAGGGUAAUUACUUUAGAUUCUAUCAGAUGUAAAUGCCUCUGAAUACCUUUCAGUAAGCCUUUGUGGCUCAGCAAGUCUCAGAGUGUCAGUUUCCGGUGUCCACGUAGAGGUGCGAGGGUGGGCGGUCUUUCUGGCGCUGCGAGAAGCAUUUUUUCACCUCGUUAAGUAGUAUUUUCAUAAUCCCACAAUUUCCGAGCAUUUUACUCAGGAUUCCUAAUACAAACGUGUAUCUUUGUGAAUAUUUUUGAUUUAUAUACACUGUUGCAAUAUGCGUGUUUAUAUUAGUUGAUGUAUGAGUUUAGUUUUAGGUGUGACAGCUUUUGCAUAGCCAUACUGCAUGCGGUGGAUAGUCACAAGGACCGCACAGGGGCCGCCUGCGGUACGCCGGCGCGGGGCGUGGCACUCCUUGACCGUAUUUCAAAACGAUUUGCACACUCGUAAGGACUAUUUUUCAAAGGCCACUGAGAUAGUCAAGUUCUCACGGGUGUUUUUACCAAUUGAUGGUCUAGAAUUCUUGUUGAACUAUCACUAGAACCUUUAAAACACCCUUGAAAACCCGAAUAACUUCCAUUAGAGCCCGUUCAAAAGUAGCCGAGAUCAGACAGCGGAACGUUUGAGGAUACAGGCCUGAUCUGUUUGCAUUCGCUGUCUCACUCACUACAGAUGUACUUUCCACAACGAAUACCAGUCAUAACCUCAGGAUGUUCUUUGCGUUCCUAUUUCAUUUCGCCCCAGCCGCGGCCAGAGGUUCCUGUGUGCGCAGUUUCGGAAGUAAUGUGAUACUGACGCGCAGUUCAGACAUCCCUGUGUGGUCCUCAUAGAGUUAACACGUAAUAUAUCAUUAUACAUUAAUUUCCCAUGUUCCUCAUUACUAGCCAAAUGUGUAUAUAGCCAUGCUCCCAGUGCUCUGACCUGUAUUGUGUACUUUCUGAAAUACCGGCGAGUGAUGGCGAGAGGCUGGCGGGGCUCCCUCACCCUCUCCAUCAGUCUGGGUGCUCCAUCUGGGUUCCGCCUCUCCCUACACCUGGGCUAGCUCCUCCGCCACCUGGCUUGGUCCACUGUAAAGGCCAGUAUGUAGUAUAUUGUUAUUGUCUCGGGAGUCUGAUGAAACACUGGACCCGCAGAGAAGGACUGGUGGUGGCGAGAGUGGUCCGCGCAGCCCUCGCCGGCCCUCAGGGUUAUCAGUAUACAAUAGUCAGUUUUCAGUACAAACAAGAGUACUAUUUCUGAUCUACCUCACUUUUUAGGUUCUGAAAGUUUGUAUUAUAUUGUUUACAGAUUUAUUUUACUAUAUACCUGCCUGACACUGACGGUGGCUACCUCCACCUACUAACGUGUAUGUGUUUGUUUGUUUGUUUGUUUGUGUGUGUGUGUGUGUGUGUGUGUGUGUGUGUGUGUGUGUGUGUGUGUGUGUGUGUGUGUGUGUAAAUUCUAUUCAUAAAUGAAUAAUGAGUUAAUGUUGAUGAACCUGUGUGCUUAUGUGUGACCAUAGAGCUCAACCAACUACAUAUUUCCUGAACCCACCACUACUGUGUUGCCGCUCAUGUGGCGUGGCAUCAGUGUAGGAUUAAAGUGUACCGCAAACUGUAGCACGUCACUCUUUGAUACGGAUAUCGGAUAUCAUAACAAAGAGCAAUGGAGAGGUCCGGUGGCAGGGGGCGGCGGUGUGACUGUGCCCCGCCCCAAGAAGUAACCCACAUGCCCCCGUCACACAUCACAUGGUGGACUGGCCGCGUGUGGUGCUGUGGCUGUCCUCACGCAGGCAUCGUGCUCACCCUAGAAUGGCCGCAGGUCAGUCUGCAACUGGCCACUCAGCACGCUAAGCUACUGACGGACUGACGGACACCAGACACAAAUCACCCAGCUUGACGUUAAACGCUUCCUGCGCUGGGACAUUAAUUGCUGUCAGGAUACAGAUUCUCUCCAGGAGCCGCCGAGGUCCUGGCUAAAUCUUGGCGAGGGAGCACCACCAGCAGGAGUGUCCCUGCCAAUGCAAUCAGUGAUGAUACGUUCAAAACUGUCAUUAGAAUAAGUAUUUACUCUUCCUCUUGGUAAAUAUGAAAUGCUGCACCUUAAUUCUACAGAAUCUACCAAUAUUCUUUUGACUUUUAGAUAAGAUAAGAAUAGAUUAAAAGCGGUACGAUUUCUUGUAAUUAUACAUUUUACAAUGAAUGCAUUGAGUGAAGAAAUAUUUGCUGAUAUGAUGUGAUUUCACUUGCUAGUUCCUAGUAGGUAAUCUGUUGGACCUGCUCGUGACAGUAAGGCAAUAAUAAUCCCGGUCACUGAAGCGGUUUAGCUCCAGCACUGGAGUGCUCCUGCACCAAUAUGCCAACAAGUACUUGCACACACUUCCCCAGCUCCCCGUCACGUGUGAAGGCUCGCCGCUCAACCUUCGCUCAUGGGAUAAACAUCUUCCUUCACUCUUGCUUUGUUUUUAGAGUCAAAGACUCAUAGUAUUUUUGUUUGUUUAUUUCCUUAUCAUGUAGUUCAUAUUCGUUUGUUUGUUUCUUUUUUUCUGUUAAAUGUACAAGGCGCGGGUGCGCGCGACACACACACACACACACACACACACACACACACACACACACACACACACACUCUUAUCUACAAAUAAUGAUUUGUUACGUAGCUUUCAAGGUGCUAAGCAUCAGCUCAGAGCGUCAAGCCUUGCGCCUGCAUCAGUGAUACUCCUGCUAUUUUAGAAUAAGAAACAGAAGAAAAUGUCUCCCAGAUUUGAGUACAUUAAUGAGGCGAGGCCUCUUUGAUGUACGGGGCGAGGCUCCAAGGUGGGGGAGAAGAAAAAUCAAACAAAUCAAGUCCAAUAGUUAAGCGUUGUAUCAUUACUUCAUUAGAACAUGGAAGAGUAGUCUGGCAACACCGAAAUUUCAUUACAUGGCUGACUUGACACAUGACCAGACUGAACAGCUGCUGACCACCGUGUGACGGCUUGGUGAGGGAUGAGUGCAGUGCGAGUUUGCCGCGGGGACAGUCCGGGGCCGCGGUGGCUCCUGCUGUGUUCUGGAAAGCGUUCCUUGAGGCGUGGAGGCAGGCCAGUUUCCUCAUCACGGCUCGCGGACAGUGACGAGCCGCGCCGCUGCCUGCAGGAGGCAACCUUUAAUGGUACCAACCGUUGCACUGACUUCCUUCGCGACACUAUUUUCGAAAUUUUACUGUAUCAUUGCUUCUGUGUGAAUAAAAGUACGACUAAUUUUUGACUCACGUUAUUAUUUUUGUUAUUAUUAUUAUUAUUAUUAUUAUUAUUAUUAUUAUCAUUAUUAUUAUUAUUAUUAUUAUUAUUAUUAUUAUUAUUAUUAUUAUUAUUAUUAUUAUUAUUAUUAUUAUUAUUAUUAUUGUGAGCAUUUAUGAUGUGAUGUGUAGCGUUGGCGUGGCGUGAAGAAGCAUCGUGUGAGGUGAGCUCGUUGCACGACCUGUCAGGGUCAGGGUUUGAAGGACUUUGUGUGGCACUGCUGGCGUGUCCGGCAGACUAGAGCUUGCCUCGUUUUCAGUGGAUAACUUAACACCUUGACUUACUUAUAUAAGUUAUUUUGCAUUCAAUUAAAGCUCUUCGACAAACUUACCUUUAUGGUGAAAUGAAAAUUGAGUAUAGUAUGUAUCCACUGAAGAUAUCAAGCCAUUCUAGCAUUUGUGUAAAUCUAAUCGUGUCUGUCCUUGUGUGUAGCCUUUAAAAGUGGACAGUGUGCUAGCCAGAACAAUAAAUUAGAUGUAUAGCUG